AUGAUCUCCCGAAAGAGAAUAGCCAAGGGAAGGGGGAGGAGGAACCUCUUCCAGCUGUAUCUGAGCAUGCGGGAGGAGAGACGCCAAAGGGAAGGAGGCAAGGACGAUGUGUAUGGCGAGAAUCCCCACAAGAUUCACUCAACCCACCAAGGUAAUGUCAACCUAAGCGAACAACCCCAUAUUAUGCACCUAGAAAAGCAGGUCAAAAUGAAGCUGGAGGAACAGUCUAGCUUACUCGCCAUCAAGGGGAUCGACAGAGUAGACAUCCAACAGAAAAAAGGAAAACAUUCAAUCAUCUGUAUUCACUACAUAAAAAACAUGUGCAUGAAGAAUCUGUUCUGUAAUUACUUACACCAGCUUAUAUAUGCCAAAAUACCAUCUUGUAAAAAUUUCCUCAAAAAUAAUUACUGCGCUGACCAGGUACGGGGGUCCUGUAUGUUCCGACACACCCUGGACAAUGUCAACCCUGGAGGGUAUGGAGAAAAUAAAGAUGAUCACUUGGAUGAUGUACUGAAGUUAUUGUAUGAUAAAAAUAUCUGUGUGAAUUAUCUGCUAGGCUUCUGUAACUUAGGUUAUAACUGCAAGAGGAUACACAAAUGCAAAAGUAGAAAAUUCAUCAACCUUAUAACUAUCCUUCCCAAGUUUUAUUUGGAUCACAUUUUAGUGAACCAGCGCUUGUAUGCCCACCUGUAUAGCAAUCACAGGAAGCUCUCUUCAGAUAUGAGCAAAUUGAAAGACGCCUUGAUUGUUCUUAGUGGGGAGAAGUACCAGGAGAAGGGAAUCCCCUCUGUCACUUCAAACAGUCUGAAAAGUGAGAAGAAAAUUUUCUCAACAGAUGACACAUCUGUGAAGAAUUUAGACCACUACCAACGUGGAGUCAACAGUGAUAUGCAGCGUCACCUCGGGGGAGGUUUAUCUCUCCGAGAAGACCACCAGAAUGAGAGACCCGACGGGGAUAGAAAUUAUCCAGAUACUUCCAAUCCACAGAGCAUAAGCAGGUACUACCAGAUGAAAGUGACAGGGAGCGGAGGUACUAACAACUUGGAAGAUUUUCUCCACCCUGGUGACAACAUCCCAAUGAGCAGUCUCGACAACGAAAAGGGAUUCACACACAGCAGGAACCAAGAGAACAUGAUGAGCAUCCCAGGCAUAUACGACAUAAACAAUGACAUAAUUCCAAGUGAGAGAAUAAAAAUCUUUAUAAUAAAGUGUAAUCAAAUUUCGCACCUGUACUUAUCUAUUCUCUAUGGAGUAUGGGCCACGGGAAAAAACAACACGAGGAAAUUUAUCACCCUGUUUAAGGAAAAUUACACCAUCGUAUUCCUUUUCUCCGUUAAUGAAAGUGGAGGUUUUCAAGGUUAUGCAAAAAUGGUAAGUAUGCCGAUUAAGAAGUUGUAUGAGGAUUUAUGGGGACCCAUAACGAAUAGGUUGGGAGGGAAUUUUCGCAUCCAGUGGAUAAAGAUUGCCAAAAUAGACUUUGACGCUUUUAAGAAUAUGAAGAAUCCCUGUAAUGAUAAUUUGCCUCUGAAAAAAAGUAGAGAUGGGACUGAGUUGCCUCUCAACUUGGCCUCCAUCAUAUGCAACAGGAUCUAUGCUUUGCCCAGUGAAGACUUCCUCGCAGGCACCAUUUAUGAGUACAAGCGCCGGAUAAACCAUGCCGCAUUCUUUGAGAAUUUGCACAAACAGGGUUUGCUCCACAGCAACACCGUGUGGGACAUGCGCAUAUUUAGCCUCAACAAGCAGUCCGACUGCGAGCGGAUUACCUUCGUCGACGGCACAGAGCAGACCAUUGAGUAG